GUCUGACAAUUUAUUUCCACUGUGCAGCACAGUUUUGUAAUAUUGUCUGCAAUUUUGACAAAUAUUUAUUUUUAUUUUUUACAAUCAUGGAGUUUAAUUUUAACAAAGUAAAAAUGCUUCUACUUAGUUCAAGGACCUUUAUAGUUAACAUUUUUAUGAUAGUUCAGUUAUCUAAUGUUAGUUUGUGACGGGGUGUAUAAUUCUACAUAGGAAGAGCAUGGUAUAAAACUUCGGUGGAAGGACAAGAUUCGAUUGAACAACGUCAUAUGGCGGUGCUGGCAUAUGCAAUUUAUUAAGAAACAAAAUACUUUGGUAUGCCAAUUCGCUUCCCCGUUAGAUGUUGACACACACGUAAAGCCAGAGGCAACAAUAUUAGAAGGUAAAUAUUGGAAACGGAGAGCAGAAGCGGUUAUAGCAGAAUAUAAAAAAUGGCGCAAGUUUCAUAUAAUGCGACUCCUUGGAAAGGGAGACACAUCUGUCCAGGACACGAUAUCGGACAUGGACACGGUGGAAUCGUUCUCACAGUGCAGCGACCUAGCAGGCAAUAUGCUCACGGACGAGGACUACCUCAACUUCAUGACUGACACACUCUUCUCCACUAUCAGCAGUCACCAACCCUUCGCCUUCCCGGACUGCAGGGAAAUAGCUAGAGGCGCAAGUUUAGCAGACUUCAUACAACCAAGUUUAGGUCCACUGCAACCCAAUCUUGAUGAUUUUAUGGACACAUUGGAACCACUUCAAGAUUUGUUGACACCCAGACCGCUACCGCCAGUACCCGAAGAAUCCGCAUUGCCCGCAGACGACUCAAUGUACCGCGGGGCUAUGUCAGUAGACACUUACUCGUCACAGAACUUCAUGACUAGCAGCCAGAGCAGCACAGCGGUCACGAUGCCUACCAGUCAGAUGUCUCUCCACGGGACAACCAACAAUACUCAAAUGAUGUCGAUGGCUGAGCAAACGAUAAAGAAUGAGCAGCAGAUGGGAAUGUACGAUAACGGCAGGCUCUUCUCCCAGUCCGACAUACAGAACAAUAUGAUGAAUGCUCAAGAGAUGCUGUCUCCGUAUCAACAGAUUACUUACGAACAGCAGAAUACGUCACAGUCUGACCAGCAGAUGCACAAUGUUUAUGUUGGGAAGUCAUCUCGGCUACAGUAUGUCAACACUCCCAAAAUUGUGUCGCAGACAGAUCCCUGCUAUAAUCAAUAUAACAAAGGUGUACCGCCUUCACAAACUGCGCCAGAAACAGUAUCGUUGCUGCAGCAACCUAUACAGAAUUCUAAGUACGCUUCUACUAUAGUGAUUCAGGGCCGUGGGGGCUAUAGUCGAGAGAAGCCAAGGCAGAGAGUGUCACACUAUUCAGGCCAAGUCCAAAACAACCAGUACCAGAGUUAUGGACAGGCCAUGAAUCAGUCGGGGCCGCCGGUGUCCCCGCAGGGCUACGAGUCUCGUGCGGUGAGCUCGCGUCAAACCUCUCCGCAGAUGCAGUACUUGCAGCCGAGUCCCGUGGACUCGUAUAAGGCUAAGCCUACUUCUUCUACAGUUAACCCGCGCUCGUUUAAGAUGCCUUCGCCGCCGUUGGUGCCCGUUUCUGCUCCACAGAUGUCGAGCGUGGGCCCCGGGCCCGGCGCGGCGGGUCGCGGCAGCAAGGAGCAGUACCGGUCGCACAGCCUGCCGCUGGGCUCGCAGCUCAACCCCGACUGGUCGGUCAGUGCGCCCGCGCAGCCUGCGCCCGCGCCCGCGCCCGCGCCCUCCGCUCUAGACGUCUCCGUCGCUAAGCAUAACGCGAGGGCUCGCGAGUCAAACCCGGGUGCCAUUCGCAUUCGGUCUCGCUCUACGUCGAGCGGCGUGGUGGAAGGCGGGGCUGGCGGGGCGGGCGGGUCCGGCGGGGCGGGCGCGGGCGUGCCAGCGCCGGGGCGCCGCCCCCCGCCUCUCAACAGCGUGGCGUCCGAGCCCACGCUGCCGCAAGCUAGCGUUAUGCUCGCUCAGCUACUCUCAGCGCAACACUCUCAGAGUAUGUACAAGCUGAACAAUAGCGAGGAGGGGGCUGGGUCUGACCCCACCAAGUCGCCAGUCAGGAGGGGUCAACCUUCUCCAAUUGGUAGUGAUAUCAUGUCCCCACACCAGUCGCUGUCCCCGCCGACGUCGCCGGGCGCGGGCGGGUCGCCGCGCGGCGGGUCCCCGCGCGAGGCCCGGCGCACGCACCUGCACGCCGAGCAGAAGCGGCGCUACAACAUCAAGAACGGGUUCGACACGCUGCAGGCACUCAUUCCCCAUCUCAAUACCAACCCCGCCGCCAAGAUAAGUAAAGCUGCGAUGCUGCAAAAAGGUGCCGAGUAUAUCAAGCAGUUAAAGGCUGAGAGAAAUCAAAUUAAAGAGGAGAUGGAGAGCCUACGCCAGCAAAUAGAAUGUUUAAAUAAUUCUAUCACCAACUGCCACGCGUUGCUGCCUGCGACGGGGGCGCCGGUGUCGCGCGCGCGGUCGGGCCGUCUGCGGGAGAUGUUCGCGCGACACGUCGCCAACCGUACCAUGCACAACUGGAAGUAUUGGCUCUUCAGCGUAGUGAGCGCGGCGCUGGUGGAGUCGUUCAGCGCGUGCGUGUCGUGCAGCAGCGCGGCCGACCUCGUGCGCACCACGCUGCUGUGGGCCGAGCAACAUUGCUCGCUCGUCGAGAUGCGCCCCGCGGUCCUGAACUCCCUGCGCGUGCUGUGCACGACGACGGACAUCCUGACGAGCCCCGAGCGGCUCGCGGACGAGGCGCGCGCCGCCGUCGCCGCCAGCGCCGCCGUCAAGACCGAGCCCACCUAGCGCCGCCCCCCCACCACCUGCAGGGCGGACCUGCGCCCGCGGUCUCCUCGAGUUAUUACUCCAUUACUUUUUAGAGUGCGUGUCGACGCGGAAUGUUAAAAAGUCGGCCGACAUAUCAAACUUUGAAUAUAAAAAAUAUGAAAUCGCUUUGUGAAGUCGGUCGUCUUACUCUUGUUGUUAUUAUUUAUUUGUAUUCAAAUUAUGUUUCAGGACAAAUUCUGUCAUUACUUUUCACGUUUGCCUUAAUUUUGACUCCGCCGCUUACUUUUAUUUAAAUACCUCACUAAAAGUAAAUAAUUUUGGAAUUAAGGAACAUAAAAUACCAUUAUAAGUACGAAUGAUAAUUACAAUAUUUCAAUUAUAACAUGAAGCUGACAGUUCGUAAUAUGUUCUUCUCUUCUUCCUCCCUUCAUUACAUAUUUCAUCGGUUUCGGAAUCCAUACUAUGACACAUUUUUCGUUCCCCGUCAGAUGUUACACAUCUUACCAUAAACAUUUUCUUCUUUCAUAUCAUUCCUCUCAUAAUGAUCGCAAAUAUUCCCUACGUACAUUAUAUAGAUUAAAUUAGAUUAUUUGUUAGAAUAAACGAAGUUAAUAUUUGCGAUUGUAUACUGCUGUCAGUUUGUGUUUAUCAGCAAAGUGUCGACAUACUGCCCACUGCCCGGCUCCAAGUGUGAGCUUGCUUACAUCGAAAUUGUAACAUUGUUUGUAAUUAUAUUAGUCUAUACAUAUGUUGUAUGGAAAUUGUUGGUUAUACUAUAAAAUUUUAUCAAAAUUAGUUUUGGUGAGUCUAUUAUACUGUUUGUGUAGUGAUGGUGUAAACGGGAAGUAAAUGAUGAAGUGUGAAUUUUGUACAUCAUCACAAGAACCUUAAUUUAAACAUUUGUCACAUUCAUCACAUUCUAUGUGGUAUUGUGUAAGAGCGGUCCAAAUCCAAAUUUUGUAUUUUAUUGUGGGCGUCGCCUCGGCCUGUAACGGCGAAGGCAGAUCAUGAAGUGUCCUAAUCUAGUGCCUUGUAGCUACGUGGUAAAUAUUUGUAAAAUACACAACAUUUUUCUACUAUGUGAUUCACAACAGUCGGUAACCGAGUAUUGUUCUAGCUGCGAGCAAUAAUAAAAUCAGAUCCCGAACGUGUUUAAAUCACUUUGAGUAGAUGAGAUUGCUGCACUAAUUUAUUCGUAAGCACGUUGUUUUGAUAUUUUUUCCAUUUGCUAGUCUGAUAUUAUUUUUGCUUGUACUCCACAAUCUCAGAUCGCCGUUAAAAUGCCAUGUGAAUACUUGUUUGGGCAUAUCUAUUAGUUUUUUGUUCUGCAAAACUUUAGUAUAACACUUAACGAUUUCAUUCUCCCAAUGUCUGAGAAUGAAAUUAGUGCAAAUAAAAUGAAGUAAUUUUACCAAAGACAAAGAGUCGCUUUACGCUCCGUAUAGCGACUCGAUCACGUUGUAAAAUAUGUACAUGUGCCCGUCCUGUCCGAUAACACGUGAAUACCAAUGUAGUUCGUAAGAAACAAUGAAUUUAUUGAACUUGUCGAGAUUUAAUUUAGGAUUGUCUAAGUGUAUUUACGUAAGUACUUUAAGCAAAUAUUUUUAUAUUGUGUGAUAACACAGAUGUUUUUAUAUAACUAUAUAUAACUCGGUGCCAACGUAAAUAUUGUUGUAAUUUGUUAUGUAGUGAUAUAAUUUUAUGAAGUAUCGUUGACUCUGGCAGCACGUUGUCGUUUGUUAGCGGCGGCGCGUCAGCCGCGCCCCGCUGUGAGCUUUAAAUGAGGUUAAGUGCAAUUGUUGUUCUAUUGGAAAUACAAUCUGGAAACACAACACGCUGUUUUAAUUAUCAUUUAUUUCAAACCAACAAGGUACAAUUGAAUAAUAAAUUAGCAAAUCGUAUAAAAGUCACGACUGAUUACAAAUAUUCAUUUAAAUUAGUUCAAUGGUCCUCUUGCUUUCAACUAAUCAAGUAAUAGUCACUACGAAAUUACGGACGUUUUACAAAAGUAGAUCGAGAUUCAAUGUCAACACCUUCGUAAAUAGUUUAAAUUCCUACAAUACCGAUUGAUAUUAUGUGACUCGUCAUGGCCAUAUUAUAAUGUGUUGGUCAAUUGCUGAAUAUAUUAGACUUCUUUACUAGAACGCUGACAAACUUACAAAUUAAUCACUGUUUGAAAUAUUUUAAUUUUAUUUCAGUAUUUUUGUUACGAAUUAAGUAUGAUGCUUCUUAUACAUUACAAAUGUACGGGAAAUAAAUUAUACAAAAAUCGAUUAUACGAUCUAACGGGAAUACAAUUUUUGCAAAUACUCUGUUUGCAUAGUCAAAAAACUAUUGAAAUAGCAAACGUGUUUCAAUAUUAGGACAUAGAUACAUAAAUAGA